CAUCGUCGCCUCCAAAAAAAUUCGCCUCUUUCCUCGCAUCCUGUGUGGCCUCGCGGACUUGGGCAUGCACUUGCGCUUUACUACUAUUCACUUCCUUUUUGAUCUUUAAUCCCUUGUUAUCACAGUUGCUGUCGGCGGAUACCCAAAACCCAUCCUUCAUUCACCCCCGGGCAAUUGUUGCGAGGCCCCGACAACCUUGACACUCUUGUUUUUUUCUUCCGCCUCUCGAUCAAUCAACUUUCCCGAUCUCGCUCCACUCUUAAGUUCGAGCACCUCCGCAACUUCUUGCCGUUCCAUUUCGUCAACACAAUACGCAAUCAACUCCAUCACCAUGGCGACUACCUCAAUGGAUUACGAAGCCACUGGCGAGCGCUACGAUGAUGACGGCCCUCGCUACGAUCGCGACCGUAGUGCGUCCCCUCGUCGCGACGAUGGCCACGACUCGCGUCGUCGCUCCGUGUCCCCCAACGGCAAUGAUCGCGCCCCCAUCAAGAGCGACAGUGGCAACAAGGAAGACGAUGGUGCCACCAACCCCGGCUCCAACCUUUUCGUGACCGGCAUUCACCCGCGCUUGGAAGAGUCGGAAAUCACCCGUCUCUUUGAGAAAUAUGGCGAGGUUGAGAAGUGUCAGAUCAUGAGGGACCCGCACUCGGGCGAAUCGCGCGGCUUUGGCUUCGUCAAGAUGGUCACGUCCGAGCAGGCCGAUGCCGCCAUGGAAGGCCUGCGCGGCGAGGUCAUCGAGGGCCGUACUCUCAACAUUGAGAAGGCGCGCCGUUCUCGCCCCCGCACCCCAACUCCCGGCAAAUACUUCGGUCCCCCAAAGCGUGACCCCCGUAGCCGUUACGAUGACCGUCGCCGCGGCGGAUAUGGCGGAUAUGGCGGUGGCUAUGGCCGUGAUGAUUCAUACCGCGGCGGCCGUGGCUAUGGCCGCGAUGACCGCGGUUAUGACCGUGGCUACGACCGUGGUUAUGAUCGCGGUUACGACGGCGGCCGCGGUGGACGCGACUACCGCGACGACCGUGGCUACAGCCGCGACUAUCGUGAGGACCGUGGCUACGACCGCCGUGACCGCGAUGACGGCUACGGCAGCCGCGCUGAUCGGUACGGUGGUCGUGACGACCGCGACCGCUACGGAGGCGGCCGCGGCGGUUAUGAUGACCGCCGUGGUCCUAGCUAUGAUCGUGACCGCUAUGACCGCCCCAGCGACCGUGAUUCUCGCCCUCGCGAUUCCGCCCCUAGUGCGUCCGGUGCCUAUGCUGACCCGGCCCCUCGUGGUGACACCCGCGAGCCCUAUGGUGGCCGUUAAUCAAUCCUCUCCUCGACACCAAGCUUUGCUUGUGUGACCGGGGCACCUGGGCACCAGCCAGAUGGUUAAGUUGCAGCGCAGAUUUUUUCUCCCUAUUAUCUCUUCGCUAUUUGGCAUGGGCACAGAAUUCGGAUUCCCCAAAAAUUGCGAUCGAUUGGAGUUCACGGCAGGCAUGGGUGGGUUAAAGGCCCUGUUUCGGCACAUCGCCCUUCGUCAGACUGGUUCCCUAUAUCUUAGCCAUUGGUGGUGCGACCCUCGACUUUUGAUGGCAAUGGGAUCUGGCUCGGUCUGCAGCAGCACUAGUCGGCAUUGUCUAAGGCAACCCCCCUUCUGACUCGCUUCGGUUCCUCGGUUCGGAUCGGGGAACGGAGUGGAUGGGUGCCGCCUCUGUACGAUUACCUUUCUUUGCGCCUUCACGCCACAGCGGCACAUCACAUACCAUGACGGCCCUGCAACAGCAGCAUAUUUCAUCUCCGGGGGUUCUCCUUCCGUAGUCGGCAUGAUACGAUAACCACCAUCAACACACAGCAGCCCUAAUCGUGACAACCAGCGCAGCCUUGAUGCCCCUCGAUUUGGUGGCAGCGUCUCUCCGGGCUGGCUGGCAACUAUCGGCCUGUUCUGGAAGGCCGGGCAGCCCCUCCGACUCUCUGUAAACCGCGACUGUCGCUCAUUCGCUCGUUGACCAUGCGUCUUUGCAACCCCGAUCUCGUCUUGCCGUGCGUGAAUUUUGCAAGUCGCUGUCCGCCUCCGCCUGCCUCGCCUAAUCGAUUCCGUGAAUCGCGGAUUCUCGAGAAGAUACAAUAUCCUCUUCUGGCUCAGUUGCGCCCUGAACUGCGGUCCAAAGUUCGAACAGUGAAAGAUUUAUU